GAUCUGAUGUAGCUCCGUUGCUUCCGUUUUAAGUUUCAACCACUUUUUCUUUCUUUUUUAAUGACGUUCCUAUCCUCUCAACUUCUCCUUUGUGUAUAAAUAAGGUCUCCCAAACACUCAAAACCAUUGCCAUUUUCUGCAAACCACAUCCAAUCCCAUUUAAUCCAACAAACUCUCACACCAGAAAACACACAUCACGUUAGCUUCGUUUGUUUUCCAUUACCUUCCAAGGUCCCAACAAAAAUGAACCACCCCAACAACCAAGCAUCCCAACCUCCUCUAUACCCCUCCAUUUCUCCUCCCUCUCACCAAGACAUAAACCCUUUCCUCCCAACUCCUCCGCCUGAAGAUAUUAACCCUUUUCAUCAAACACCUGCGCCGAUGCCACCGUCCUCGUCGCCGCAAACCCAUUUCGAAACACCUCCUAGCGUAUCCUCCCCUCAGAAUGGGAAAACCGAAGAGCUAAAACACACUACUCCUGAUCAAGAUGUUCCGUCGUCGUCAAGCGGCGCAUCUCCUCCGUCAAUCCCACCAACUCCAAGUGAGGAAGAAAAAUCAGCGCAGUGGGGGACUCACGUCAUGGGGCACCCUGCCGUCCCAACAUGCCAUCCGGACAACAAAAAAGCAGCUCUGUGGGGUGCUGCCGGAACCGAGCAAGCCCAGAAUCCCUACCUCCAGUACAAACCCCUUGACAAGUCCAACAACACCAGUCCAUUGGAAUCCAUGCUCCACGUCUUCAACUCCUGGAGCAACAAGGCCGAGUCCAUGGCCAACAACAUCUGGCACAACCUGAAAACGGGGACAUCGGUGUCUGGAGCAGCGUGGGCGAAGAUGAACGUGACGGCGAAAGCAAUAACAGGAGGAGGAUUUGAGGCUCUGUACAAGCAGACAUUUGCGACUUAUCCCAACGAGAAGCUGUACAAGUCAUUUGCCUGUUACCUGUCCACAUCCACAGGACCAGUUGCCGGAACUCUUUACCUCUCUAAUAUCCAUACAGCUUUCUGCAGCGACCGCCCUUUAUCCUUCACCGCCCCCUCCGGCCAGGUCACCUGGAGCUACUACAAAAUAAUGGUACCAUUGGGAAAUAUUGCAACCAUCAAUCCAGUGGUGAUGAGGGAAAAUCCAACGGAGAAGUACAUCCAGAUUGUGACGAUCGACGGCCAUGAUUUCUGGUUUAUGGGUUUUAUUAAUUACGAAAAGGCGUCGAGGCAUUUGACCCAAAGUAUGUCAACAUUUGUGGCAUCUGGAGUUGCCGUCAAACCAAUCGUUGCUGCAGACAAUGACAUUGCAUACCAGAAGCCUGACAAGGCUGACUAUUAGGAGAGCUACUAGUCUUGUUAAUAUUUUACUGCUGCUCUGCUUUGCUCGUGAAAUUGUAUCGUCUUGCUUUUCUUCUACAAUAUUUAUUUCUCUCAUCCAGCGCGUGCGAGUUGCAUUUUUUCGUUAUAACUCGGAUCGACCGAGAUUGUUUCUUUC